UGUGAACAAAUUCAAGGCUGAAAUGGAGCAGGUCUUUGAGAUGACAGACCUAGGUGAGAUGUCUUACUUCUUGGGAAUGGAAAUACACUAGAAGCAGAAUGAGAUUUUCAUCUGCCAACAAAAAUAUGCCAAAGAAAUUCUGAAGAAAUUCAAAAUGGAGGAAUGCAAACCUACAUCUACCCCUAUGAACCAGAAAGAGAAGUUCUGUAAGGAGGACGGUGCUGAAAAGGUAGAUGAAGGACUUUAUCGAAGCAUGAUUGGAUGCUUAAUGUACUUGACUGCAACAAGACCCGAUAUAAUGCAUGUUGUAAGUCUACUUUCGAGAUACAUGCAUUGUGCUAGUGAAAUUCAUUUCCAGGCAGCAAAGCGUGUGAUAAGAUAUGUUAAAGGCACUGUGGAUUAUGGCAUUAAGUUCAGUCAAGUUCAAAGUUUCAAUUUUCAUGGAUUUUCUAAUAGUGAUUGGGCUGGUUAUGUUGACGAUAUGAGAAGUACUUCAGGCUAUUGUUUUAGCUUUGGUUCUGGUGUUUUUUCAUGGAGUUCAAGGAAGCAAGAAGUCGUGGCUCAAUCUACAGCUGAGGCAGAGUAUAUUGCUACUGUUGCAGCUGUAAAUCAAGCCUUAUGGCUUAGAAAGUUGCUAACAGAUUUGGAUAUGAAGCAAGAAGUGAGUACAAAGGUGUUUGUAGACAACCAAGCCACUAUAUCUAUUGUAAAUGAUCCAGUUUUUCAUGGUAAAACAAAGCACUUCAAGAUUAAAUUGUAUUUUCUGAGGGAAGUACAGAAAGAAGGAGAUAUACAGCUAGUCUACUGCAAUACAGAAAGUCAGAAUGCAGAUAUUCUGACUAAAGCUCUUCCUAAAAUAAGAUUUGAGUUUCUACGAAAAAGACUUGGAGUUUGCAGCUCCUAA